UCAUCCUCACUCUCUCAUCCACUCCUCUUGCCUCAGUCUGCUUGGGAUCAAGCCAUGUCCUGCUACCCCCGGUGCCAGCCCUGCCAGCCCUGUGGGCCCACCCCGCUGGGCAGCAGCUGCAAUGAGCCCUGUGUCAGGCAGUGCCAGGACUCCACCGUCUUCAUCCAGCCCUCGCCCGUGGUGGUGACCCUGCCCGGGCCCAUCCUCAGCUCCUUCCCCCAGAACACCGCCGUGGGAUCCUCCAGCUCUGCUGCUGUUGGCAGCAUCCUCAGCUCUCAGGGAGUGCCCAUCAGCUCUGGGGGCUUUGGCCUCUCUGGCCUGGGCAGUGGCAUCUGUGGCAUCAGGAGCCUCCCCUGCUGA